UUUAAUUAAAUAAAUCCAUUUAAUUAAAAAGAAUUAAAAUCCUGAUACAAAAGCCGCGAGCUGACAAGCAUCAGCAGUAGCAUAGAGAGAUAGGAGCAGAGAAAAGACAUAGCGUCAUCAUCAUGGGAACCGUUAUCGACUCCCAUUUCUUAAGCCUAACUGCCAUUGUCACUGUGGGGUAUCAGCUAUUGUUCUUUAUAGUCACAGCCCUUCUCAAAUUCGAUAAAGUCACUGACUUUGCCGGAAGCACAAAUUUUGUGUUAAUUGCAAUAUUGACUCUGAUUCUGAAAGGCACAUGGAAUUUUAGACAGAUAGUCUUGACUUUACUUGUAGUAAUAUGGGGUAUUCGCCUGGGACUGUUUCUGUUAAUGAGGAUCUUGCAGUGGGGGGAGGAUAGACGUUUUGAUGAAAUGCGUAGUAAUUUGGGAAAGCUGGCAAUAUUCUGGAUAUUUCAGGCUGUCUGGGUGUGGACAGUUAGUUUGCCUGUCACAAUGGUUAAUUCAAGCUCAAGAAAUCCAUCUCUCCAGGCUGCAGACAUAAUUGGCUGGAUUAUGUGGACCGUGGGUUUUUUGGCUGAAGCAACAGCUGAUCAGCAAAAAUUGGCAUUCAAAAACUCUCCAGAAAAUAGAGGGAAAUGGUGCAAUGUUGGAAUCUGGCAAUACUCUCGUCAUCCAAACUAUUUUGGCGAGAUUUUUCUCUGGUGGGGAAUAUUUGUGGCUUCCACACCGGUACUGGAAGGUGCUGAGUGGCUUGUAAUCCUUGGGCCAAUCUUCCUCACAUUGUUGCUUCUUUUCAUCAGUGGCAUACCAUUGCUUGAGGAAUCGGCAGAUAAGAAGUUUGGAAAUGAAGCUGGAUAUAUGCUUUAUAAAAGAACAACUAGCCCUCUAAUUCUACUGCCACCAGUAGUAUAUGGGAAUUUACCCUUAUGGUUCAAAGCAACUUUUCUCUUUGAAUUUCCUUUCUACAGUCGUAGUCUUCCACAAGAAAGGGUAAACUGGUAUAGAGCAAGCGGGGAAGAAAGCAGCGGCGGAUUGAAGAUGCAUUAGUGCUGGACGAUUCUUUGACUUGCCAAGUUUCGUUUCUUUAUACUCCUUUAUGUGGUUCAUCAGUUUUUUUUCUUCUCUAUGGCAAUUAUGAUGAAAUGGAAUCCUGAUUUGCUAAUUUUCAAGCUGUCCUGUUAUCCCCAAUAAGGAUCAUUGUAAAACAUGUACAUAUGAUUGCCGUCCGAGUUAUUUCAGUAAUGGAGGCAAUCCCUCCAGACUUAUUUGUCAGACCAAUAAUCUGCAGCUGCAAACACAUAUAUUGACUCA